GGACAUUUAUUUAUGAAAUAAUUCAUGAUAAAACUGAUGAAAAACACACCUCUUGACUGUGCGCUGCAUCGCAUUAAAAUCACGCGGACUACAUUACCCACAAUUCCUGCUUGUGUUUACAUCCAAUGUGUCAUGCGCGUAGGCCACUUUGUGCUGCGUUAUGGUAGACAGUGGAUACAGUGGAGGUCAUUUGACUGGACGAUGAUGAUCAUCGAUCCGUCAUUGAAAGAACACCGUCACGCGCUCAGGAAUGGAGUUUGUAUCGAGCGCGGGACGAGUGUGAUGCGCGCGGAGCAUCGAUUUGAGUGCUAGCCUCAUGCAGGAGCUGACUGAAGCCCCAGCGGCACCAUGGCAACGGAGCGUCCGGUACCGGAUAAACUGCGCGUCUUCUCUCUCAACUGCUGGGGAAUUCGAUUCUUCAGUCAACACUGUGCACAGCGGUAUGAGAUGAUUGGAGAUUUACUCGAUAGAGAGCAGCAUGACAUCGCACUGUUACAGGAAGUGUGGAGUGAGAGAGAUUUCCUGUUCUUGAAGAGAAAGCUCUCCAGCUCUCAUCCGUACGCUCACUAUUUUAAAAGUGGAGUUAUUGGGAGUGGUCUUGCUGUGUUCUCCAGACACAGAAUCCAAGAUGCCCUGCUGUACCAGUACUCGCUCAAUGGCCAUCCAUAUAUGCUUCGCCAUGGAGAUUGGUUUGGGGGUAAAGCGGUCGGAUUGGUCAUUGUAGACGUGUUUGGAUUGAAGGCACAAGUCUACGUUACACACUUGCAUGCAGAGUACUCCAGGGCGCAAGAUGAAUACCUGCCUCACAGAAUAGUGCAGUCGUGGGAACUACUGCAGUUUGUGCGACACACAUCCUGUGGAGCAGAUGUGGUGAUUCUGGGAGGGGAUUUGAACAUGCACCCUCAGGAUCUUGGGAAUCGCCUCAUCAGAGCUCACACUGGACUCAGAGACUGCUAUACUGAAACGGACACAUUUGAUGGAUGUGAAGAUGGCCACACACUGAUAGCAGUUAACCACUUUACAAAAAAGCAAGAUCUCAUUCCUUUUGAGAAAGGCAUCAGGAUUGACUACAUUCUCAUGAAGGGCUCCAAGAAAGUAAGCAUGAAAUGUGAGUCCCUGUCCACAACCAAAGGUUCAGUGGCUGGUAAACCCUUUCCAUAUUCUGACCACGAGGCUCUGACAGCUGAACUCACACUUCUGCAGUCUGAAGAGAGCAGACAGCAUGGACAGAGGAACAUCAGCGACUCACAUACUGCGGUGUCAGAGCAGAUGGACGUGGUCGCAGAAGCGCAAGCAGUGGUUAAAGAAGGCCUGUGUCACACAGAGACCCUGCAGGCCAGAGCUCUGCAUCUGAUGGGCGGAGCUCUUCUGCUUCUCCUGCUCCCUCUGCUCAUGAUCCUCCUGCCCUGCUUAUGUUCAUGCAGCCACUUCUCCUUCACCACCACAGGCCUUCUGUUAGCCGCGGGGGCCGUCCUCCUGCUGUCCGGAUUGCUUUUAUAUCUUCUAUUCACCACACACAUCAAAGUCCUGAAAGAGACAGAAGACCAGAUGAAACUGACCUCAGAUGACCUCCAGUCUAAACUGGCCGGAAGCAGAGCGUCAGGGUUUUCAUCCUCCGACGGUUCUCCAGAGUCAUCGAGUCCAUUUAAACGGGAGGAGUAGCGCUCCUGCACAAUCCAGUGAUUCCUGAUGAAUUUUUGCAUAAUGAAGCGAACCAUCUGGUUUGUAAAGCAGAACAGCAAACCACAAAAAAAAACUUUCAGGCAUCAGAUGUUUGUUUUGGUUACCAACCUCCAGUAUAUUUAACCUGCCUGCUUCCAAUGAAAUUCCAUAUGGAUUCAAAUGAAGAGUCAAACAAAGAUUCUCGUUUUUAAUUGUAGUCGUGUUUUCUUUUAACAUUCCAGACAGUGUGCCUUUUAUGUGUAAAAAGCUAAUACGUUUUCAAUCCGUGUGGUUUUUAUUGUUAAACAAUCAAUAGUAACACAACACUUUGCUUACCGGGUGUAAAAAAUACAAAUAUGUAUAAGCUUGUGUCUCUAUUGGAUAUAUUACUACAAACUCCUUAAAUAAUGGUUUAUUCUACAUAUUUGAAAUACACUAUACAGUGUAAAUGUUCAUAGCGUGCAUUAUAAUUCUGGAUUUAAAAGUGUUGGUUCAUGCAAGAUAUAUCAGUAAGGUGUGAUAGCAGACACUGGGCUGGAGAGUAUCCACAUUGGAGAGUAUGGUCAUCAGGAAUAGAUACAGUAUUUAUUUAGCAUCUGCUUAACGAAUGCAUUUACAUGUAAUACAGUACUGUUACAAUUCAAGGACUAUGACAAAAACUGUAAGCAUGUUGGUAUUUAGGGUCACUUACUCAUGGUUAUUUUUUCACAUUGUAUAAAGGUAAACUCAUCAAAACUGGAAUGUCACGAAUGUAACAAUACGGUGACUAAAAAAUUUAACAACAAAUCAAGCAAGUUAUAUUUUUGCAUUCACAAUGUUGUCACCACUUGCCUAUAGAAUUUGCAAAAAUGUUGUGGCAUAUGCCAAUCAGUUUUUACCUUGAGAUGCAUCGAGGAUUCAUUUAGCA